AAUAAUUUAUUUUUGCCGCAGGUCCGCAAGGAGAGCCAGGACCUCCAGGAAAGCGGGGCAAGAAGGGCAAAAAAGGCGACGCUGGAGAACUUGGUCCACCUGGUCCAAUUGGAUUAGACGGGCCGAAAGGUGAUCCGGGUCGCCCAGGUGACAAAGGACAAAAAGGGGAAUUAGGGAGCCCCGGCUUUGAUGUCUUCUCGGCUGUAAAGGGGCUUCAAGAACGCGGGCAUAAUAUAUCUGCGCAGACAAUUAUUCAAUUGAAGGGCGAACCAGGAGAGCCAGGACCUCCAGGACCACCCGGGCCGCAAGGCUCAGAAGGAAUAGCAGGGCAAGACGGUCGCCAGGGAAUCCCAGGAGAAGUAGGCCCUCCCGGAGAAAAGGGCGCUUCUGGGCCGGUAGGACCCGCAGGACCCGUCGGACCUCCAGGAACGCCAGGACCAAAGGGGAAAUCUGGCGAUUACGGACCUCCAGGAUUUCCGGGAUUGCCAGGCCAUCCAGGGAUCCCCGGUAUGCCAGGACGCAAUGGAACUAGGGGUGUUCCGGGAAGACGUGGUGACAAAGGCGACAAGGGCGACCGUGGAUUGACAACUUCACUGGACGGAAAGCAGAUUCCUCUCGGGACCUUUGAAGGACCACCCGGUCCACCGGGACCUCCUGGAGCCCAAGGCGAAAAGGGAGAUCUGGGUCCAAUAGGGCCACCCGGCCCCCCCGGGGAGAAGGGAGCCAGGGGCAAGCAAGGCAAGAGGAUGACAGGGGACUGCCGUUGUCCACGAUCAUUGAGAAUUGGCCUUCCCGGUUUACCAGGUGAAAAAGGCAACCCUGGGAAUCCAGGGCUACCAGGACCUAAGGGCGACGCAGGAGUACCGGGGGCUGCCGGGGUAAACGGAAUCAAUGGCGAAGCUGGAAUACAAGGUCCACCGGGACUCCCGGGAUUAGCGGGACCCAAGGGCGAGAAAGGCGAGUACGGCGACAUUGGACCACCAGGGUUGAUGGGUCCACCAGGACUACCUGGACCGCCGGGCGCGCCGGGUAUCAAGGGAGAAAAAGGCGAUAAAGGAGAAUCGAAGUACAAAAAAUUGAGAAGAAGACAGGGCGACGGCACUUUUGAAGUGAACGCUGGAGAAGUGAUAAUGGGUCCUCCAGGUCCACCAGGUCCAGCUGGUAAUCCAGGACUACAAGGACCUCCUGGAAUCAAAGGAGACCGAGGGCACGAUGGUACUAAAGGAGAACCUGGCGAGAAGGGCGCCAAGGGGGACCCCGGCCCUAUGGGACUACCUGGCCCAAUGGGACUGAGAGGUGAAGCAGGACGACCUGGCGAUGCCGGAAAACCCGGAACGAUGGGAUCGCCGGGCUUAGACGGUAUGAAGGGAGCGCAAGGCGAGCCUGGAGUCAAAGGCGAGCGCGGUGACUCAGGUCUACCCCUUAACACUAAUUCCAUUUGCAUUUGUCCUCAGGGUACUGAUGGGAUUCCCGGUGCUCAGGUAUAG